UUUUUUUUUUAAACCCUUUGAGCACCCUCUCUCCAUGUUCUGUUACUGCUGAUGCUAGCAGCCGGCCAUUGUGAUGCCAAAAGCAUUGUUGGGUAUCAAGAUUCUAAUCUUUUUGUUGCUGCUUUUCUCUGUUUUCACUGAUUGUUAAAAUCCAAGAUUUCUGCUGGGGAGGAUUCCUGUCUGCAGCAACUCUGAGGUGGUUAGUAACCCCACAGUUCAUAUGGGGCCAGGAGUAUUCAUUAACUCGACAGGGCUCUUCAGAAGAACUAAGUUUUAACUCUCAGGGGAUGGGCUGAUAUUUAACUUGAAAGAAAAUCAUGGGAGAAGGAAUAAAACAUUAUUUUCAAAAAUACACUUCUGUGGGCCAUAUCCGUCAGCCCUUAUUCCGACAAUUGAAGUUAAUGGACUGGAUUCGGAUCUCAUUUCGCCUGAUGUAAAUCCAAAAUGACAAGUAAUCCUGUCAGAGUUACUCUGGAUCUACACCAGCAAAACUGAGAGAGAAUCCAAUCAAAGGGGAGUUUGGAGUAAGGAUUUAGCUUAUUUAAACUAAACGUCUGUCCCUAUUUUGUGACUUGGCUGCAAGAAGUUAACGUAAGUCUAUGGGCCUGAUUCUCCUCUCACUUUCAUCCGUUUUACAGCACUGUAGCUUGACUUCAGUGGAGUUCCUUUUGGUUUUUGCUCUUACUUACACCAGAAUGACUAACGAGGGACACUACUGCAGUCAGUGGAUGUUAGACUUGUAUGCAUCUGGUGUGAGAUGAGAAUCAGGUCCUAUAACUUAAGGGCCCAGUCCGGUUCCAUUAAAGUCCAUGGCAAAACUUGUAUUGACCUCCAUGGGAGCAGGGAAGUGGGAGGAGAGGAAGAGGACAAAUAAUUUUAAAACUUACACUGUGGAGUCCAUUCUCUGUCACGCUGUCGAGAACUCCAUUGGUAUAAUGUAUGUGUGCAAGGUCUGUCUCCUGCGUCUAGUGAAUUAUCAGUUUUGAUGGCUGCUUUGUUGGAUAACAACUACCAAGAAUUUCUAUCUAAGCAUCUUGAAAUUCACCAGGCAGCCCUCAAGGCUACUCACUUGUCAUCUGGCUGAAGACCAUCAAGCUGGCUGCUAUUGUGGAGCUGAGGAAUAUAUCAUGCUAUUUUUUCCUGACAUUUCUUUCCAGAUGUUGUGGGCUGAAGGAGGGUCAGUGGUGACCGUUCUGAGGCUACUUUAAUAAGCCUGGAUUUUCAUCGAUGUCACCGUACGGGCUUAUAAUAGGUUCAGAGUUCUUUAUUUAAUGCCCUGACUUAAUCAGUCCCCCUACAACUAUGGAGUGAUGCAAAGAAUUAAUCUAUGUAACAACCCUGCUCAGCCCUCCUUUUUAAGACACAUCUCCUGAAUGCCCUAAUUUUGGUUUAGGAUAUUCUGUUUUCUCAAACUUAUCUUGUAAGAAUGAGGUUAUAAAGAGUGAAAGUCAUCUCAGUGCAGAGGGCCUAAACAAGGCCUCUAGUUAUGGGGCUAGUGGUGUUCUAAAGCUUAUACAGGCCCCCUUGGGAUUGGGGUGACAUUCAUCCCAAGAGUUAAUCAGGUUUAGUGUGCAAAGGCUGGAUUCUUCAGGGCUUUUUUCUGCAAAGCUUCAUUAAAGUCAAUUGGAGCCUUGCCUGAGUAGGGAAUGUAAGUGAGUGUAAGUGAAUGGAGACCUCUGACAUGGUGGAUUUCAUGCCCGGGUGUGAAGGACUGCACAGGGCAUGAUUCUCAUCUCAUCUAUGCUGAUGUAAUUCCACUGACAUUAGUGGAGUUACUCUGGAGUUACACCAGUGUGAGUGAGGGGGAAAUCAGGCCCGUCUGUCUUUGAUAGGUUUCCAUUAACACUCAGUCAAGACCCUGUUGUAUGCUCCUUAUAAAAAUAACUGUUUCAUAAUCAAUAAAACUUGAGCCAGUAUCAGUGAUAGAAUAAAAAAACCCAGCAAGGAGCUGCCUGGCAGAUUCAGUUCAGAGGUUCUGUUUCUUCUGAAGAAGCUCAUAAUGCGAGAGAACAGCUGUUGUACAUCAAACCAUGAUAAUGAAAAAAAUCCCAGCAGAGAUCUUGGAUGUUUUUAAAUUUUGGACUUGUAACGAUAUUGGCAUCUAAGCAAAAGACACUUGCAAGGCUCAUUCUGGGAAUUUUCUAGCAUGAGCUAGAUCCACCUGUGUGUAUGAACACAAAACACUUUCAUGACAUUUGCAAUAAUUUUUGACCUACCUCUCAACUGUGACAGAAAACCAUAGAGAUGGGGAAAGGGCCAUUCGGUUGGGGGGAGAACAGUUGUCCCAUCAGGGGUUGUUCCUUAAAUAUAUUUCUUAAGUGUUUUGUUUAAUUCAGCUGGAAAAGCUAAAGGAGUAAAACUGGAUAUCAGGGGUUAGAUUUUUAAAUUUAAGACUCUGUGAGGGUCUCUUGUUAAAUGUUGCAUUUGGCUGCUGAAUUCCAACAAAAGCAACAAAUAAAAUGAGGCGGGUGGUGAUUAUUGAGGAGGGGAAGGGUUGUGUGUGAAUGUUCAGUGUUCAAUACAUUAGGAAUUCAAAAGCAGAGGGAAUAGUACCUGAUGAUGGAAUAAUUUAUAGGCAAAGAAGUCUUUUUUGUCUUUAAACAUCACAGAUGUGUUCCAUUUGAGAGGUAUAGUAUGAAUUGUGAUGUCCACUUAUUGCACCAAACUAAGGAGCUGUUAACUGGUGUUUUGGGAUAUGAAUGAAGAGAGUUGUUCACUUAAAAUACUAUUUUAGCACAUAAAACAUGCACUAUAUUAUGCCCAUCUUGCAGUUGCGCCUCCAGAGUAUGUUGCUAAAUAGGAUCUGGCUAGGUCAGUACCUGAAUAAGACUCCUCCAAGGAUCACCUGAGGUUCUUCUGCAAAAUUACAUAGGGGAGACAAAAAUCUCACCUUGGGUAGACACCAAAUCCAGCUAGGGCAAGCUCGAGAUGUUUUGCAACUCUCCCUGCAACAUGGCUGCACUUUCCUUGCAAUAGAGAGGGAGAACAAGUUCCCUUCUAACUGAUAGAGGAAACCAAGUCCCAGUGCUAAAGGUUCCUGCUGGAAAAUCUAGAAUGCAGGUGAAUUAACAUAAAACAAAGCAAAUGGGUACAAAGUGGAAUGUGUGUAACCCGGGAAAACACUCUCCGAAUAGCAGGCUCAGUCUGGCACUCUGGGUGAUACUCACCCAGUACGGAGGGCUGCUUGCAAGGCACUGUGGUGUUCUUAAGUCCUCCAUAAACCCUAUUUUCAAGGGUUAAAUGGGAUUUAAAUGGUACGUAGGCCCUUGCAAGUGGGCCUUCUGCCCGGGGCUGGGUUUCAGUGGCUGAAAACCCAGAACCUCCGUUGUUUUCAAUGGAAUGCCCAAUACAUACAGGAUCUGAUGCCAGGUGACUUGUAACAUACAAAACUACAUUCGUGCCUAGUACAAACCCAUUAAAGUCCAUGGUGUUACAUAGGGAUGGGUUUUGCCCCAGAGAAUAAAAUGAGCAAUUGAACAAAAUGAUUGAAAUGGCUUCUUACCAUUGGCUGUUUUCAGUUCCCAUAGUUGCACAAAGGUGGACAAGUGAGGGCAGGGGUGUUUUUUCUUUUGUUCCUGCCCUUCCCUCCCGUUUUUGUGUGGGGGCGGGGGCGUUUGUACCUAUAGGUGGCCUUCUGUUCCUCUGAUAAACCGUAAUAUUGGAGUCUUUAAAUGACUGAGAUGAAAUGUUAAAGUGCAAUUAUAAUAUGUUUAAAAAUGUUAUUUCUUCAUUGCUGUUCCCAAUCUCCAACCAGCAGUGCAAUUAAAAAAGCACUCGAGAUAGAGCCAAGACUCUUCCCUUGGUUGCAUCUACUGAAUUGUGUGGGAGUGCAUGGGUGUAAUCCUGUAAACAGCCUUAUCCCUGCAAAUAUCAUGGGCCAGUAUCACCAGUACACUUUGCAUCACCACAGCAGCCUAAAGGAGCUAAGUGGCUGCAAACUUGGUUUAAAUGGUUGUUGAAGAUGGGUUUAUUGCUGCUUUUAAUCACUGUAAUAGUACAGAGCAUCCAAAGUGAGGUGGCAAAUUUGGUCCCAAAUCUACAAAUAAACAUGCAUUUAAUUCAUAUGGAAAUCACCUUGAUUUCUUGUAUGUUACUUCCCUCUCUUUCCAUGGUGUCUGUAACCUUUGACAUUACUCUUAGCUUGUGGUAAAAGAACACGACCUACAAAAAUGGAACAGAUGCUAAAAGAACCAAUAGUCCAGCUGUUCAGCGUUUGAUGGUUACAAAAGAAUCUGUCUGUUCUUUAGAUUUUUUUUUCUUACAGAAUAUUUUUCAGCCAGUUCAUUUGAAAAGUUGGAUGUAAUUGACUGCUCCCCACAAGCCCUGAGCACAGGAAACAUUCCUGCAUUUUUAUCUUGGGAGAUUUGUUAGUAGGAGUGGUCCGUCUGUUUUUUAAGCAGGUAUCUCAUUUCAGUGAUUCAUGAGCACUAAUUUGACAAUAGUUUGUUUUAGUCAAUAAAACAUUUCAAAUGCGCCCACUGAUGUAAAUGGUCCCUCUUCUAACAACCUUUUGCUGUGUUUUAUGUUAAUCUAAAUGGGGCUGUUUGUAAUGUGGGGUAAAUAGACUUCGUAGUCCUCCAGGUGCAUGUUUUAUCUGCUCAAGUAUUACGUUUAAGUGGACUAGUUCCCGCUGUUCCUCUGACUUUGCCUAGAAUGGACACAGCUUUACAGUUUUGAUGGGAUGUUUAACAGUUAUUUUAAAAACUAACUUGUGCUUUUGUACAAAGAGCGAACAAGUGAGCAGGUCACUGAAGUUUAAAAAGAAUAAGCCUGACUGCAGAUGGCACCUCCAAAUGGGGGCCCAAUGGCUGCCUCGUGGGAAAUCUGUUUUCACAAGAGCAAGUGGUAGUGAACCGUUGAUAACGAUGUGUCUUACAAGAUCCUGGCUUUUACUGUCUUGUCCCAGUAUGAGCCUUGGGAGGGCUUGAAGGGAGGGCGGUAAAGCCGUAUACACCAAUCUGACUCGUUUCACAUUGAUGGCUUUUGCUCUGACAUGCUGUUUUCUUUCAGAUGAAGAAUCUCAUGAACUUGCCUGGCUUUGGAAACACGUCAAGGGCAGGGUGCAAAACACACUAGUAGGACAUGACCCUUAACCUUUUCUCUAAAGAGUAGCCCUAUAGGUAUAUUUCACCACUUUAAGAAGCUGUUCCUGAGUGAGCAAGCAGGCCGAGCCCAGGCUCUGGAGUUUGUCCGCAAGAAUGUCGCCAAUGCCCUCUCUAUGGCUAACCUGAUCAUGGGUCUGUCUUCCAUCCUCUGCAGCCUAAAUGGGCAAUACCAUUGUGCUUGCUGGCUACUCCUGAUUGGAUUCCUGCUUGACCUAGCGGAUGGAGCGGUUGCUAGGCAACUGAAUGCUUGCUCAGCCCUGGGUGCCAAGUUGGAUGACUUCGCUGACUUCACUUCAUUCGGUCUGGCCACAGCUCUGCUGCUGCAGGCUCACGGGAUCCUGGAUGGCUUGCUGGCUAUCGUCUAUGUGCUCGCAGUCUUUUCCCGCUUGUGCUUCUUCUCGAGUGGAAUCCCUUUCAUGUACCGAGGACUGCCCUGUCCCUAUGCUUCUUCCCUCCUGACUGGCACAUACCUCUUGACUGGGGGCAACCUUGUGGUUCUACGGAUUGUAGCCAUGAUAAUGAUCCUGUUCAUGGUUGACCAGGGCUUCUAUCCCCAUGACAAAGUACUGGAGUCCCAGCUCUGGAAAAAGAUGGUCUAUGCAGGGGGUAUCCUGAUGGUUUUGUUCUCUUCCUAUUCAAUAGUCUCUCUCUACUAUCUCGUUUGGUCUAGUACUUACAUCUUCUUCCCAGUCGCCUUGUGGAGCUGCAAAGUUUAACUGCACGCUUGGUAUUGUGUAGAUGAUGACAGCUUCAUGUGUCACCAUGAUAACCUGCCAAAGGCAACACCUGUGACCUAAAUGAAGACUUAUCCUGUGUUAACAUCCAUGAGUUGCCUAAUCCUUACUAAAGGUUUCAUCAUUGCAAUCAUCUAUACUUGAAAGUAACAGCGACGGGAUGUCUUGUCACUUCAAAUAACACUUUCAAACUGGAGUAGUGUUAACGCAGCUCCUGCAGUUCCCCUGCGUGUUUCAAAGUGUUCAUGUAGUGCCUGCUCUCUGACACCACAUGUAAUAACUAACGUGAAGUUUAACGCUUGUUAAUGGGGAAACUUCAUUUAAACUCUCCCAGAUAUUUGAGGGUUUGCUGUAGAUGUGAGUGUACAUAUUCCUUACAAAAAGAUACUGUAUGGAUUUAAGUUGAGAAAUUCAUUUUCAGAUUUUUAUUAUGCUUAAAAUCAGAAAUUUACAAGUUAUUUGCUUCUUCUAGAGUUGUAGGGCAGUAGCCACCCAUGAUGGGGGUUCUUCUAACGACCCCACGGGCCCAACCUCGGCUGUGGCUCUGGAAGAGGCCCAGGAAGGCUGAGAUCAGUAUCAGAAGCACUGAGAUUGGUAUCUUAAGCACUGAGAUGUUGAUUUGAAAACUGCUGCUUAACAUCUUGACCCAGUGGUGCCCAACCUUAUUACACGGGAGGGCCACAGGAACUUAAGCACGACCUUGGGUGGGCCAAACAGAUUCGACAGAUUUUAAUCAGAUUUCAAGGCACCUGUAUUGAUUUAUAUUUGAAGUUCAGCUUGUUUCAUAUGUAUUUAGCUAGGUUGUUUCUAUGUACAGUAUUGUCUAUUUACACACUCGUGUAAACUAAAAUGAUGUAAACGACAAAACGCUAAUGAAUCGGCCAUUCCAUAUAUUGUGUUGAAGCAAGAUGUGGGCCUUAUGAAAUGCUCUGGUGGCCUGUAGGUUGGGCUCCCCUGUCCUAACCCAAUGAAAUGGCAUGAAAAUAGUUAGAGUAAGUUUAUUUGUAUAUUUGUAAUACACAGGAGAGCAGAACAGAUGGCUUUUUUCUUAAUGGAUCACGGAGGGCAAUUUGAAAUUGCUCUCAGACCUUCUCAACAACAGCGUUUGCAUUUGCACGAAAGAGGAAAACGUCCCGCCCCUUUCUAGAGGUGGCGCAGUGCAGGGGCACAGCCAGGACAUGUCACUUUAGAAGAGCCAGUGACUAACUGAACAUAAGCACAUGGCUUCCAUUGAACCACCUAGUCCUAUAUUUUCUGCAGAUACUGUAGCUGGGCUUUUAUCCUGCUCCAAGGGCCUUGGCUUCUCAUCAGAGUUAGGCUGAGAAAACAGGGAUCCCUAAAAUGUAGAGUAGUGUUGAUUGGUUAUUUGACUAUUUUAGAUAAUUAUGAACAGCUCCCCAUUGAAAUUUGAGAGCUGUAUAUUAUAAAUUGUAACCACCGACUACUCUAACACUCACAUAGAAGUAAUCAGACUAGCUUGUACUUGAAACGUAUAACCAUACAUACAGUAUACCAGACCAAAACCCCACUGCAGUGGGACCUUACCAUUUCAGAGAAUCCUGUGCUGAAGGAAGGAAAGUUAUGACUAUCCCACUACAAAGCACCUGCCUCUGAGAAGGGAAAAAUGUCUUGCAGACCAGGGGAUAAAGAAUAACCACUUAAAUGUUUGGGAUCCUGGUGUAACUACAUUGAAGGCUGUGGAGUUGCACCAGGUCUGAACUUGGCCCAGGUGCAGCUUUAUUGCUUUUACUGGAGUUGUACCUACUGAGAGGAAUUCGGCCCACUAUCUAAACUUCACUGGUGAAGGGACUUUACCCAACUGUGAAUUGUCUUGAUAAUGUGAAAACCUCCCUGGACAUAACUUGGACUAAGUCUGAGGCUCAGAACUUCAUUCCAGAUGACAGACCAGGGAAAUUGACCUAAUACAUAUGCACCUACAUCAGUCCGGGCGUAGCUAGAUCAAAAACUAUUGCAAAACAGUAAAACAAAUGUUUGGAACCACUUGAGACCUGAUUCUGAUCUCUUUGCUGUGGUGUCAAUCUGGAGUAACGCCACUGAAGUCAGACUAGCAUCUGGGGAAAGCUGGUGUGAGACCAAAAUCAGGCCCUUGCACUUAAAGUUAUGGCAUCAGUUGACAAGUUAUGAUCUGAUUCCGAUAAAGAAGUUUAAUUAAAAUAACCAUUAGAUUAACUAGUUUUUAACAUUGGUGUCCUAAUUAACGAUUCAGUCUGAGAGUGCAUUUGAAAAGAAAAUAGCCAAACUACUGGGGUAAGAUCCUUCUGCCUUAAUUUUUUUACAAAUGCAUGUUCUUAUAAAGGUUGAGGUUUUCUCACUUGAGCUGUCUGGGAACGGGGAAAGCAGGUCAUGUAGCACCUAGAUUCUGCCUCCUACCUUCUCUAGGGUUGUGAAAAUAAGCCUCACCUUCAAAGUGUGUCCCCGGAGAAGCAGACUAAUGAGUACUGCUGAAGCAAGUCCUGCACCUUGAAGCUCCUUCUCUAGAGGCCUGAUCCUGCAAGGCACUGAAUGCCUCCUGAGAGAUGCAACUGACUUCACUGGGAACUGAAAGGUGCUCAGCAUUUCACAGUGCCAGACCUUGAUAUUUCGGCUACUUUGUGUUCGAGUCUCGGAAUGACAAAUGAGUCACUUGCAUGCCCCAGGAGGGCCAGUAGAGCAGUCCUUGCAUUCACCAGUGCUAUUCGGGCACAGUAGCAUGUGGGAGCUAUUGCGUGGGUCAAAGCAGAGGUGCACUUGACUGUUUUCGAGCCAUUGGGUCCCUAAUUCUGAUUGCAUCAGCAUCCUUAGAAGUAUCUGAACUCGGUCCUGUGACUAGAGGGGGUAAAGGCUAAACAGUGGCUUCCCAGCUGUGCUCCGAAGUGCCUUUUGGAGCUCUAAUCUCUCUCGCAUUGUGGCUGCUCACAGCCCCUGGAGGAGGGAGUGCCUAAGCUCAGGCCUAGCCGCUGUGGCUGAUUUGAGUGGCAGUGUAUUGCUGCAACCUCUGCAGCCAAAGAACGGCUCCAUUAUGAGGCCAUCAGUACCCACCCCACCCCCCUCCCCCGGCGUGGAGCAAGGAGAGAGAGUAGCUAGGAAUCAACCCAUAUGGUACCUUAUCACAACACAUGCAAAACUGGGAAAAAACCCAGAAGCUUUGCCACUAGGCAUAGCCUUCACUCCAAGAGUGCUCUGGCCCUUCCCAAGGGUUUUUUAAACAUGGCACCUUAUCUGAUGCUGUGACUACAUCUGGUAUUACUUCCAUGUCACCAUCUUUUGUUUGCACAUUUGUUGGCACAACUCAUGGGUUGGAGAGAGCAAAAGCACCAAGCAAGAAGCCGCAUGACAAAAUGGACUGUAGCUCAUCUGUAGCUGGGGUGUGCGAGACCGGAGACUCGCGAAGCUGUUCUGUUCUGCAAUUGAAAUGUGAACAAGAGAACACUCAAUUGGCAGAUGUAUCACAAAUGUACAUAGUAAUUUAUUAUAAGGCAGUAAUUGUGGUGUGGGUUUUUAUUGUUGUUGAAGUCCUGAAUAUAUUUUAAAGAGAAUUAGCUCCAUCCCCACCUGAAUACUGUGGGGACAGAACUCUUUCAUUUCUCCUCCAUUGAUCAAAUCUUUGGUGGGGAAGAAAAUCAUCUGUACCAGCUCUUUUAAAAUAUGACCUGAAGUCUUGAUGUCCAGGAGUUUUAUAAUAUUUAUUUUUUACUGAUCACUGUAGUGAAAUGUAUUUUAUUUCCCCCCUGCAUUUGCUUUAUCUGGGGAAAGGGCACAGGAAUGGAAAAUUGUACUUGAAAUUGAAGUUCAAUCUCUGGAAAUAAAAUUUUUGGGAAAAACA